UCUUGUCGUCAUCAAGAGGCGCCAGUGACAGAGAGUCAGCUGCUGGAGCGAGGUGCCUUGAGUCCGUGGCAGCGGAGGGAUGCCCAAGAAGUUUCAGGGAGAAAACAGUAAAUCAGCAGCUGCCAGGGCUCGGAAAGCAGAGCAGAAGGCAGCAGCAGACGCCAAGCGACAACAGGAGCUCGAAGACGCCUACUGGAGAGAUGACGACAAACACGUGGCAAGGAAGGAGCAGCGGAAGAUGGAAAAGGAGAAGAAGCGGGUGGAGCAGCUAGAACGCAAGAAAGAGAUCCAGCGACUGCUCGAGGAGGAGGGGAGCAGCAUGAAAACAAAACCCACGAAGCCAGUCACAGCGCCCAAGAUAACCCGGGCUCAGAUUGAGGAGACCCUCAAAAAGGACAAUGUGGGGCAAAGCACAGAGGAAGGAAAAGUGAAACAGAUGAGCCAUUUAGACAUGCCAUUAGAGGAGAAUAUUAAUCGCAUUGUCCCCAGCGAGGGGGAUGUGGAUGCAAGGACCAUUGAAGAUGCUAUAGCUGCCCUGAGCACGGGCCAGAGUGUGGAUCAUCACCCUGAGCGACGAUUGCGCGCUGCCUUCAAUGCCUAUGAAGAGAUAAAUUUGCCACGAUUGAAAAAGGAGAAUCCUAACAUGCGCUUGUCACAGCUCAAGCAGAUGCUAAAGAAGGAGUGGAUGAAAUCACCUGAGAACCCCAUGAACCAGUUGCAUGGAGCCUACAACACCAAGUAAUGAGUCCAGGAGGAAGCCUGUCUUGUGAACUUGAACCUAAGCAUCAACAUUGACCCGGUGGCUUGAAUGUGAUAUCAAUUGGGUUUCUUUAUUUUUAAACAAAAAAGCAAAUAGCAUAAAAUAAAAGGAACUGCAUCACUGUCCCAGUGGCUGCACUUUCCUUUAAACAUCCAUUUUACUGUCCAGACGUUCUUUGCUGCAAAGUUUCAACAGUGUAUUUGUACGUGCCAAAUCUCCCUACCCACUUAACACAACCCUCACCCACCCCGAUGACUCAAUCCCCUCACCGCAAACACCAGCAUUGGUUUUAAAACCAGUGCCAUUUCCAUUGACAAUACAGGAGUCCCUAGCUGGGAGCUCACUUGCUCUUGAACUUGGCUCCUCUAGUCAUUGAGGAGACGUGUUGGGGUGGGAGAGGGAACAGGUGAGGAGUUUGGGUGUUGGUUAACGUGGGGUGAGAGUGGCUCAAUUUGAAAAGGUAUAGUUAAAGUAGCUGACCUGUGUCAGGGUCGGUGUGGCCAAUACAAGCUCCUGUUGUUUCCCCAAUUUUAAACAUCAAACCUGAGCAGACCCUGGCUUUCUUGGGUGAGACAGUAGUUCUUUCUUCAUUUGUUUUGGGAGGUUGGAGUAACGGUGUCAGGAGGUGAUUGCCAUCGGCAGCUCUCAGGCUCAGCAGGCGAUUGAUAAGUGGGGAGGGUGGGGCUCAGUGGGUGGUCAGUGAUGGAGGAGUCAGGUAUAGUUGGAGGGUUUGGACAUCGACGGUUGUCUGAUAUGAGGCUUUCAGGGCUCUUGGUUGUUGAUGUUUGCCUUUAUACAAACUAUUUGAUGGCAGGAAGAUCACCAUCACCUUUCCCUUCUGUUGGUUACAGUGUGUACCAGGUGAGGGAAUGUCCCAUAAAGCUUGUGCAAUGUUGGUUAAUUAGCCCCUUUUACAGUUCCUUCUCGAGAAUUCUGGUGAGGAUUUUAGAUAUUGACCCUGCAGGCAUCUAUAUUUUUGAGAUCUGCCACCAGUGGUCAUGUCUGGGAGAAGGUAGGGGCUGCUGUUAUGAUUGCUACUUUGCUGAUACUUUAUUGAUGCAAGAGGGAGUGAUCUUCAACUCUCCCAUUCUAGGUGAGGCCAGGCCAAAGUACGUGGGGUAUAAGUCACCAAGUCUCUUAGGACUGUUGCCCACCUAAUCCAACUUUUCCCAAGGGCUCAGCUGGUCUUUACGGUCACCCUGACCUGCCUCCUGGCACCCCCAUCCCUAAACACGCCAGUGAUGGCUGACUGAAUCUAUAUUAACUUUGUUAGAUUUUCUCUCACUUGCUGUGCUGGUCUCGAAGAGAACUGGAUCGGGUUUUUGGCAUUGGGUGUAAAUCUCGAUCAGAAUGCAGUGGGGAAGCAGGGAAUGACAGGCAGGGGUAAGUGGAAUGCCCGUUGGUGAUGAACUAACGCAUAAUCAUCGGGGGUGGCCAAAAUUAAAUGCAACAGGUUUAUAAGAAAUGAAAUGAUUGCAUUUGUUCACAGUAUGGUGCAUCUCAGAGUCUGGCUGAGUGAGGGAGAGCAGAGAGCUUGGAGAACAUUUGGUGUGUGUGAUUUCCAAAGUGAAAUUAAAUACUGAAAUGAACAAA